AGCGAUUAAUGAUAAUAUUAUCCUUUGUGUGUGUUGUGGCUUUAUUUCUGUGCCACCUUAGUUUUCCAUUUUAUCUAAGAUUACAAAUUCAGUAAUCACCACCAUGAAUAACUAUAAUGUAGAAAUACGGUUUACGAUUUUUAUGCCUGAUAAUACUACCGAAAAUGAAGAAUCUCAGCAUAUAUUAAUGGAUUCUUUUGAUAUACACAUUGCACAACAAAAGUAUGAUUAUAAAAUAAUAUCUUUAAAAGAAGAAAAUUCAUUUGAACAAAACACUUUUAAUAAUGCUGAACAAUGCACCAAUGUUCCUGAAUCAUUACGCUUUGAUUGUCAUCCAGAGGAUGGAGCAUCGCAACUUUCCUGUACAGACAGAGGAUGUUGUUGGAAUCCUCUUGAUAGAAAAAAAAUUGCAGGACGUGUACCACUAUCUAUUCCUUACUGUUAUUAUCCUGAGGAAUGGAAUCUGUAUAAAUAUAUUAACCAAAGUAGUGAUGGUAGCAAUUUCUUAGGCUUUCUCAACCAAGAGAAAAAAUCUAUAUACAAGAAUGAUGUGCCUCUUGUAAAGAUUGAAGCUUCAAGCAUAGACAGUUCAAUUUUGCGUGUAAAGAUAUAUGAUCCCUUGAAAAGCCGAUACGAGCCACCAUGGCCACUUAGAUCAGAUCCACAACCAUUUUUAUUUAAAACUAGUGAUACAGCAUAUCACUUUAAAAGUGAUAAUGUAAAACCUGGCUUUAAGAUUGAUAGAGUCAGUGAUGGCACAACAUUAUUUAAUUCUAUUGGGAUUGGAGGUUUCAUAUUUGCUGAUCAGUUCCUGCAAAUAACCACUUUGCUGCCAACGAGCAAUAUUUAUGGUGUUGGCGAACACAGAUCAAGCUUAAAAUUAAAUACUAAUUGGCAGUCAUUUACUUUAUUUAACAAAGAUCAACCACCGACAGAAAACGCAAAUUUAUAUGGAUCUCAUCCAUUUUAUAUUGUUGUUGAGGAUUCUGGAAUGGCUCAUGGAGUUUUAUUUUUAAACAGUAAUGCUAUGGAGGUGAUAUUGCAGCCUACACCGGCAUUAACAUUUAGGACAAUUGGUGGUAUUUUUGAUAUCUACUUUUUCUUGGGACCAACCCCAGCCGAUGUGGUGAAACAAUAUUCAGAAAUUGUAGGCAAACCAUUCAUGCCACCUUAUUGGUCCCUUGGUUUCCAUUUAUGCAGAUUUGGAUAUGAAACCUUGGACAAAACUAGAGCAGUAUGGAAUAGAACGAGAACAGCCGGAAUUCCAUUUGAUACCCAAUGGAAUGAUUUGGAUUAUAUGGACAAAAACAAUGACUUUACAUAUAAUAAAGAGAAGUUCAAAGAUUUGCCCAAGUUUAUAGACGAAAUUCACUCGGUAGGAAUGCAUUACAUUCCUUUAAUAGAUGCUGGCAUAUCUGCUGCCGAAGAAAGUGGUUCUUAUCUACCUUAUGACGAAGGAAUGAAACAAGAUAUAUUCGUAAAAGACGGUAUAACACAUAAACCUUUCAUUGGCAAAGUCUGGAAUUUGGUCUCCACAGUAUGGCCUGAUUUUACAAAUCCUAAAACGAUAGAGUACUAUGCAAAUAUGAUGGGCAAUAUGCAUGACAGUUUUGCGUACGAUGGCGCAUGGAUCGAUAUGAACGAACCAUCAAACUUCUACAAUGGUCAUAAGAACGGCUGUACGUAUAACAAUCUGGAUUAUCCCGAAUAUGUACCCAAUGUUGUCGGUAAUUUACUCGCUACGAAGACUCUGUGCAUGAAUGCAAAACAUUAUUUGGGUUCUCAUUAUAAUCUUCACAAUACCUAUGGAACUAGUCAAGCGAUUGCAACAAAUUAUGCCCUGAGGAAGAUCAGACAGAAAAGACCAUUUAUAAUUUCGCGUUCAACAUGGGUAGGACACGGUCAUUACGCGGGCCAUUGGACAGGCGAUGUUUAUUCAUCAUGGCAUGAUUUAAGGAUGAGCAUUCCGGCUAUUUUAUCACUCAACUUCUAUCAAAUCCCAAUGGUAGGCGCUGACAUUUGUGGUUUUGAUGGAAAUACAACUGCAGCAUUGUGCAAUCGCUGGAUGCAACUUGGUGCUUUCUAUCCAUUUUCUCGAAAUCAUAAUUCCGACAGUACAAUUGAGCAGGAUCCAGUUGCUAUGGGCGAUUUAGUUGUACAAUCGUCAAAGAAUGCUCUCAGAAUACGUUAUCGACUUCUACCGUAUUUGUAUACCUUAUUCUUCAGAGCACAUAAGUUUGGCGAAACAGUAGCGCGUCCGUUAUUUUUUGAGUUCAUCAAUGAUCAACAGACUUAUGACAUUGAUACGCAAUUUCUUUGGGGAAGUGCGCUUAUGAUUAAUCCAGUUCUUGAAGAAAAUAAAACGAAUGUAGCUGUUUAUAUACCACGUGGCCUGUGGUAUGAUUAUUAUAGUCUUCAUUUCUUCUUUUCUAUUGGAAAACAUUAUACAUUAUCCGCACCGAUCGAUAAAAUACCAUUAUUGAUUCGUGGAGGUUCGAUACUUCCAGCACAGAAACCGGGUGUAACGACGACAGAGAGCAGAAAGAAUAAUUUUGAAUUGAUAGUAGCAUUAAGCGAAGCUGGAAAUGCUACAGGAGAACUGUAUUGGGAUGAUGGUGAUAGUAUAGAUUCGGUAAAAAAGAAGGAAUAUUUGUGGUUAUCUUUCUCUGCAAUGAAAUCUAAGAAUGAGUCAUCCUGGACAUUACUAAACACACAAAUAAAUCGUUCUUUUAAUGAAGAGGUGAUUCUUGCAAAAGUUCAAAUUUUGGGAUUACAGAAACAAGUGUCCAAAGUACUCCUAAAUAAGAAUGAGAUAGGAUUUAAAUACGAUACUUUUACAUCUAGUCUGAGUAUCACUGGCUUGCAAGUGGACAUGAGGCAAUUAUUUGUAUUUAAUUGGUAUUAAUAGCUCAAUGAAAGCAGUGAUAAACGAUACUACUAAUUUUAUAUAAAUUUAUGAUCACAUGUGUAAAUCUCAUAGUGUAAUAAUUAAUAUAUAUAUAUAUAUAUAUAUAUAUAUAUAUAUAUAUUUGAGGUAAAAACAUAUUUACGUUACUAGAUAUUAUAUAUAAGUGAUAGAUAUUUUA